AUGGAAACCAAAGCUGACAAAUCUGUUUUAGAGAGAGUUGGUAGACGGAUUCAAUUUACUAAUCUUUUCUUUGUUCCUCGUGUUAAUUCAGGUGGUGGCCUUGCUUUGUAUUGGAAAUCUGAUGUUGAUGUGGAUGUGCAAUCUUCUUCCAAUCGACAUAUUGAUGCUAUUAUUAACCAUGGAGUGGAUGACGCCUGGCGUUUCACAAGUUUCUAUGGAGACCCUGAUACAGCCAGCCGGGAAAACUCCUGGUCUCUUCUUCGAGAUUUAAGCCACCGUUCAUCGUUGCCUUGGGUGUGUUUAGGUGAUUUCAAUGAAAUUUUGUUUGCUGAUGAGAAAUUAGGUUGGCUGGAUAGACCGGAGCGACAAAUGCAGAGUUUCAGGGAUGCUUUGGACUUCUGUAGACUGAAAGACCUGGGUUUUAAUGGCUACCAUUUCAUUUGGUGUAAUCGUAGACCGGGUGAUCAAAAUACCUGGAUUUGGUUAGACAGGGGUGUAGCAACCAUUGAUUGGAUCUUGAAAUUCCCCACCUCCCGCAUUCAUCAUCUAGAUGCUUUCCAUUCUGACCAUAAGCCGCUGUUGCUUUGUUCGGAUUCUGAAUUCAGGCGAUUUUAUAGAAAGGGUAAACCAUUUCGAUUUGAAGCUAUGUGGUUAAAAGAUUUAUCUUGUGAAACUGUGAUUAAAGAAUCUUGGGGUGAGCAAGCUGUGUCAGAGUUAGUUUGGGGUUUUCAACAAAAGAUUGUGGCUUGUCAACUCAAUUUGAAGGUGUGGGAUAAAAGAAGUUUUGGGCAUGUCCGUAAUUCCUUGAAAAAGAAGCUUAACGAGUUGCAAGAAGCUGAAGAAGGUGGCUGUUAUCGAACUAACCCGAGGAGAAUUUAUAUGCUGAGGGAAGAAAUUCAGAAGUUGAAAAAUAGGGAAGAAUGCAUGUGGAAGCAACGAUCCCGGAAUGCUUGGCUUAAGGAAGGAGAUAGCAACUCACGGUUUUUCCAUUGUAGGGCAAACCAAAGAAACCGACGAAACUUCAUUGCCGGUUUGGAGGAUAGUGAUGGGGUGUAG